AUGCCUUCUCUCACUCACUACCUCAUCAUUCUUUCGGCUGUGAUCGUCGGCUCCGUCGUUGCCGAUGUCAACCCCAACGCCCAGGGGGCUUGCGACGAUACCCACGGCGGCCAGGACGCCUGCGGCCCCAACGGUAGUGAGGCUUGGUUGAACACCGGUCUUAACGGCGAAGGAUGGAACCCUCCUUUCCUUGACAUCAACGGCCUCAAGCACAUCUCUCUCGAGGACUACUACAACGGCGUCGGAAGGUCAUGCCGCCAGUACGACCAGUACUUCAAGUCAUCCGGAGAGAAAUACAACAUCGACCCAGCCAUUCUCGCCUUCCUCGCCAUGCAGGAGUCUUCGUGUAAUGCGGAUGCUGGAGGACCUACCCCUGGCUUGAUGCAAUGCGAACCACGCAACUGCCAGAACGGCAAGUCAAGCUACCAAUAUCCCAUUCAGGACAACGUCGACUGUGGAGCCCACGUUCUCCGAGCCGCGCUAGACAAUGCGGGAGGAAAUGCCGUCCGAGCUAUUGGCUCCUACAAUGGAUGGUUCAUCAAGGGGUUUGGUCUUAAUGGAGGCAAAGGAAUCACCGUUGACUACCCCUGCUCCGCUGAGGGCCGCAGGAACGGUGCUCCACAGAACUUGGAUUAUCUGCAUGAGACACUCAAUGGUUGGUUCCAGGGACUGGACGUUUAUGGAAGUGAUGCCGGAAAGUUCGCUACGGCCGUCAAAGUUCAGGGCUUCUGGGAUGACAGUUGA